AGCUCGACUCGUCUAGUCACGCACUGACUCCGCGCUUGCUAGUGGAACGCGGUUUACGUUCUCGACUUCGAAAGUACGAAAGAAAUUAAAUAUUCAUUAUAUUUGUGUUGAACAAUAUUUUAUGUGUACAUUGACAUUGUUCAGUGAUUACAUUUAAAUUUUAGUGAACUGUUCGGAUUUUUACUUUAGUGGAGUAAAAUUUAAGCUUUUUUUCGUUAUAAAACAGGUGCGCGUGUGUGCGCGUGUGUGCGCGUGCGUGCGCGUGUGUGCGCGUGUGUGCGCGGGCGCCGGUGAUGCGUCCGAAGCGGUAGCGGGAGAUGGCCCGCGCGCCGCCGCCGGCCGCGCUGGCCGCGUUGGCAGCUCUGCUCGCGUUCCUGCCGCCCGCCACUCCGCAGGCUAUCCAGGACAGCCGGUGCUACUUGAUGAACGGCGGCGCGGUGGAGAGCUUCUUCGUCAGCGAGGACCUCCCCGUGGGCAGCAUUAUUGGAACACUGAGUGUGAACGGCGACCCGAGCGAUAGCGGCGACAUAACCCUGCGGCUGCAAGAGCGCGAGGCGGCGGUGGGCAUCGCGCCCGGUACCAAGAACCUGACGCUGCUGCGCGCGCUCGAUCGCGAGGAGAACCGCGGCCCUUCCAACGUGUACGUCAACGUACGGUGCGACCGCCGCCGCACCACCGACCCGAGUUUCGUGAUUCCGGUGUCAAUCCGCGUGUGGGAUGUGAACGACAACGCGCCGGCGUGGGCGGGCGCGCCGUACCGCGUGCGGCUGUCGGAGCUGACGGGCGUCGGGUCGCGCGUGCUGCCCGCGCUGCGGGCCUCCGACGCCGACCAGCCCGGCCCGCACGCCACCAUACACUACUCCGUGCUGCCCGGCCCGCACAGCGAAUAUUUCGGUUUCGCCAACGAGCUAGAUAGCGUGCUGAUGGUAAAGAAACCUCUGGAUUAUGAGACACUCAGCAACUUCACGGUGACACUACGAGCUCAGGAUCACGGGACCCCGCCGCUGUACAACGACACGCAAUUGUAUGUGGAAGUUUUGGACGCAGAUGACCAGAACCCCAAGUUUACACAUGAUCAUUACACUGCGAUACUACCAGAUGACGCGCAAGAGGGCACAAUCCUAGAGACGUCUCCGGGUCCAAUAUCGGCGGUGGACCAGGACGUGGGCAUUAACGCCCCGCUGUACUACUCGACGUCCGGCGACAACCGCGACUUGGUCGCUGUCGACCGCGACACCGCCCGCGUCGUUGUCACCGCUCGGUUGCUCGCUGAACGACAUCUACCGGCUACGAUUGUCAUUAAGGCGACGCAGGUGGACAACGCGGACCGGUACGCGCUGGCCACGCUGUCGGUGGCUGGCGGCGGCGGCGGGGGCGGGGGCGGGGGGCCGGUACGGUUCGCACAGCGCGCGUACGAGGCGGCGGCGGCCGAGGACACGCCGCCCGGCGCCGUGCUGGCCGCGCUGCGCACGCUGCCGCCGCGCGCGCCCGCCGCUAGUCCGCUCCAAUUCUACGUAUCAGAUCGUAACUUCUUAGAGAAGUUCGCGAUCAACAGCGACGGUGAAGUACUGUUGCGGCGCGCACUGGACUACGAGACCACGAAACAGUACUUCUACCAAGUGAUGGUCACGGAUGGAGUCGCUAACGAUACGGCGUCCAUUAACAUAACGGUGCUGAACGUGAACGAGUGGGAGCCUCGGUUCCGCUACCCUCAGUACGAGUUCCGCGUGGAGGGCGGCGCUGAUGGUGCCGAUGGUGCUGCCGGUGGCGGCGACAGCAGCGCGGGCCUGCUGCGGGUGGGACGGCUCGACGUGCACGAUGGGGACACGGCCGACAGCGUGACGCUCAGCCUGCGCGGGCCGCACGCCAGCAUGUUCUACAUCAACGACCAGGGUGAGAUGUUUCUGCGUAUGGAAUCUUUAGCGACACUGAAUACAUCGGUGCUUCACGUGGUCGCAACCGCGAGAGACUCGGGUACACCGCCCAGACAGACAUCGGUGCCGGUGCUGGUGCACGUGAGUGAGCGGCUGGUGCGAGGCGCGGGUAGCGUACGUGCUGGCGCACCGGGCGGCGUCCUCGUCGCCUUCGCGGCCGCGCUGGCGCUGCUGGCGCUGCUCGUGUGCGCGCUGCUCGCCUACAUAUACCGCGCAAGGCGACGAUCAAAGCAAGCAGCGAGCAGCGCACCAAACAAAAACGGUGGAUUCGUAACGCAUGAGAAGGCGCGAGUGGCGACCACCGACGGUGUUGGUGGUGCUGUUGGUGCUGGUGGCCAGCCGCUGGGCGGCUCGGGCUCGCUACUGAGCGUGUCAGCGGGCGCCAGCACCAUUCUCGCUAACUCUUCCUCCAGCCUCGACCUACGAGACGAUCACGGCUCUAGAAGUGCAACAGCACGACAAUCGCAGCGGUUCCCGAAAAGCAAGGUGGCGCCGCUGCCGCCGUCGAGUGGCGGUGGCGGCGGCGGCGGCGGCGGCGGCGGUGAUGGCGGCGUGUCGCUGAUGAGCGACCACCUGCAGGCGCGCAGCGCGGGCCGCUCGGGCGUGGCGUGGCCCUCCGCCACCAUCCCCGCGCGCGUCAAGAAGCUCAGCUGGGACGAGCCCGGCCCGCCCGCGCACUCGCCACACAAGGACAGCGGGCAGGAAGGAGCCCCACACGACGCGACCAACCCGACGGUAGCCGAACACAUGAACCUCACCGUCUACUUCUGAACGUACCAGACUCCGACCCUGAGCCAGUACAUCAAUCACCGGAUCAUUCAACUGCCUCCUUGAAUAACAACACUCUAUUAAUAAAUCUCAAUCCGAAACAAUCAAACAACCGUCAUUUACCACCAGGUCGUAACUCCACUCUCAUAACUCGCACUUUGCCACGUCGUAGUCGUAUCCCUUCGAGUACCUCAUCAAAUGUGACUCCAGAUAGAAGACAUUUACCUAGCACGUAUCUUGCACCUACAAUAUUACCGGGUCAGACCGAAACUCGUUCCCCUUCAAACAAUUCUUUUACAUCUGAGAAUACAGGUAGACCAUCGACUGCAUCUUCAAAUGCAACUAUGCGGAAAAGAAACGGCCAUCUCUUACCUUCCAAUACACCAUUAAAAAAAUCCCCUUCUAAUUCGUCGAUACCGAGAUUAAUCGAGCGAUAUAUGCCCAUGAAUUCUGUGUCUUUUAAGACACCUACAACUUCUAGAAGACCGCCGAGUUCCUCAACAGCCUUAUCAAAUACGAUGUCACCAAAGAAUGGUCAACCACUAGCUGCCUUGCAAGAUAUAAACAAUGGAAAUUUGCAUCUGGAUCACGGUAAGUCAACAAUUCGUUCGUUGCCAGAAAGCCGUUCCGUCCGAAUAGCUUCCAUUCCCAUUUCAUUAAGUCAGGGUCCGCUCUCGGUCCCUCUAUCCUCCGAAGAGACGAGGCACAAGUACGCGGUGCCUACAACAAGUCCGCGACGGACCGCGAACUCUGCUUCCUACGCCACUAUCAAUCCACAGAAAUUACGGACCAUGUACGCUAGAGCUUCCAUGUUUAGAUAGAUAAGUUUGGCAAACUAUGAAUGCCAACUUACAUAUUUCGGCGAUAACUUCCAUUUUUAUCAUGUACCUAAAUUAAAUGUUGUGUGGUCAUGUGGUAGGAUGUGAAAUCGAAAUUGUUAGGUUUUUUUUAAGAUAAUCUUCUACUGGUGAAAUUGAACAUUUUCUUAAAGUUACGUGGAUCGAAAAAUAACAGCAAUCAAUAUUAAUUUUUAAUCUUUCGCGCUACAUGCUUUAUGUUUUAUAAGAGAUAGGAAUUAACGCGAUCAUUUAGAUAAACUUAGAUCAUUUGUUUUAACUAUCUCGACGUUUCGACCAUGUUAUAUUGGCCGCGGUCACGAGUAGACUAACAUAGCGCUGUCAUGUGUCCGCUUACGAGCUAGAAGUGUUAACUUCUACCCAUUCAUUGACAACCGUCAAGUUAGUAUGGAACGUUUCAUUGGCAGAAUAUUUAAUUGAAAGAAUGUUAACGAUUACAAAAUGAUAUAUAUCGAAAUAUAUCUUUUUUUGGGAAAUUUUAAUCAAUACUACAGGCUGCACACGAUAAAUAAGCCAAAACUCAUGAAACAAUAAAUGGGACUACAUUGUAUGGAAUUCCAUUGGCAUUUUCAAUAUGUACAUGAAUUUAUAAUGGAUAUAUGGAUUCCAUGGCAUUAUAAAUUCACGUAGAAUUUAUAAUGCCACGGAAUCCAUACGCCGUAAAUAAGCGAUGCAGCUAGUCUAGACUAGUUAAAUAUUCUUAGUUACCUAACAUUUUAUUUAGUCAGUAGAGUAUGGUUACCAUUUAUUAAACAGCAAUUAAAAAUAAAAAAAAAAAAAUGAAAGCUCGAUUAAAAUCUCAUAAUUUAAGUAUAAACAAAUAACUGUAUAUAUAAUAUUUGUUUUAAUUUUUCUUACUUUCUUCGCUAUUCGCGAUAUUUAUUUUCGUUUUCUUUUUACACAAUGUCUGAAAUAAUCUAGUGAUUAUUUCUUUAUUUUUUCAAACAAAAACAUAUUUUGUAUUGAAAUUGUGUCUAUUUCAAACAACUUAUGAGUACGAUAAGCUGACUCGUCAAAAAGUAGUGGGUAUAUUAUGUAAUAUAAUAUAAUAUACUGACGCUGAGUUAUAAACCAAAGAGUUCACCCCAAAACUCAGUGAUAGUGUACAAUUACGUAAAAAAAAACGUCAGAGAUAAGUCCACCCUUGCUCACAACAUUUAUAAAUAGAUUAUUUUAUAUGUAACUUACAAGUGCAAUAAAGAAUAUAUAUAAAAUAGGACAGUUUUGUUACUGGGCAACUGAUGAUGAUAUAGUUGUUCAGUUUAAUGAAUAGUGUCAUUAACACUGAGUUAUGGCUUGAUACAUAUAUCAACUAACUCAGUUUAUGUUGACAAUCUCUUUUGUUUUUUAUUUUAUUACUUACUAGCGGCCCGUCUCGGCUUCGCACGGGUGGACAUUUUUACAUUUUAAAAAGUGGCCAUUAAGACUGUACACGCGACGUUUUCCCAACAUUUUCCUUCACUGCUCUGCUCCUAUUGAUCGUAGCGUGAUGAAAAGUAUACUAUAACCCGCCCGGGAGUAUGAAGAAUAAUUGCACCUAGUUUUGUUAAAAUCCGUCGAGUACUUUUUGUUUCUAUAACGAACAUACAGACAGACAGACAAAAAUUUCACUGAUAGCAUUUUUGGCAUCAGUAUCGAUCACUAAUCACCGCCUGAUAGUUAUUUUGGAAAUAUAUUUCAUGUACAGAAUUGACCUCUCUAGAGAUUUAUUAUAAGUAUAUUCUUUGUCACCUACCUUUACUUGGUCGAUUGUAUGAGAGUUCAAAUUUGUCUUCCCUUGUGAAACUAAAUAUUACUUCAAAGUAUGUUUACACAUUGUUACCUAUUAAUAAUAAAAUAAGGUUUAGAUUUUCUAAAUGUAUUUUAAUAAUUGGGUGGUAGAUACGGUCGUUGGUAGCCCUAUUGCUUAUUUAUAUAUACCAGUACGAUUUUAAAUAGGUAAUUUUCAAGUUAGAUACCAAUAACAUUAACAUCGUUACACUCAUAUGUCGUCUACGUAAUGCACUAUUUUUCUUUCAUGACCAGCAACCUCCCCCCCCCCCUUCUCCUCUAUUUUAGGACGUAUCAAUACGAUGCUUCUUAUAGUCCUUUUACGAUCUGGAUGGUAAAUGUAGGUAAAGCAUAAAAUACAAUAAUUCCUUUUAAAGCCGGCUAAAUACAGGGUAAACUAUAAUACAUUACUGCAGCGGCCAGCAACUGAGGCAUUGAUGGACGAACGUUCAAAUGUAGGCCGAGGCGUAGCCGAGGCACACAUACGUGAGUCCAUCAAUGCCCAGUUGUGGCCAAGGUUUGUAUAGUACUUUUCUCAAACAAUGCGCGAAAAUAAAAAAACAUAAUUUAACUUUUUAAGUUCAAUGACGACAAACGACCAAUAAUAAUUUUUCACGCGCCAUAAUGUUCCUUUGCUUUUUUUUUUCAAUAAACAGCUUUCUAUUUGCAAGCCAGUUCGAAAUUUAAAUAAAACCUUUUAUUAGUUAUCUCCUUGGUAGCCAUGUUUCGAAGUAAAAGGUCAUUCGAUUUUUAAAUUACAGGACAGAUAUGAGUUUACAUAAUAAUUUAUCUGGCCGCAAACACGACAGAUAUGGAUUUUCAUGCAACUUUUGCCGGCCGCUGCCCGCAUGUAUCUGGCCAGUACGGCAAUUUUGAUUUAUCUCGAAGAAGAUUGUCAAAAUAAUGUUCAUAUUUCCAAGCAUGUUUGAGAAAAAUACAUAUACAUAUAUGCAUUCAAUACGUUUAACGACCUAUGUCUUUAUGUAGAAAAUGUUAGAUUUACGUGUAAAUAAGAAUUUUCAAAUAUGAAUUGUGAAUCGAUCAGUAUAUAAUUGUGAUGAAUUGAAUGAAUAUAAAUUAAAAUACAUUUUGUUAUGUCUACAAACGAACUAGUGAUAUAGAUUGUUAGUGAUUGUAAUAAAUAGAUAUUGUAAUAUGUAUGUAUUAAUAAUAUUUUUAAGUAAUUCUCUAAAGCUUAUUCAUUAUUUAUAUAUAUAUUAUUUAAUAUUUAAUUAAAUUUAGUUUAAAUAUAUUCAUAGCGAAUUAAUCCAGUGAGUGAAAUUAUUGCAUACUUUGGUUUCAGAAAAUAUAAUGCUUUGGUUAAACUUCAAAAAUUAAUAUAAUAUA